GUGCCCGUCGGUUGGGAAGUGAACCAAAUAUCGUGCGGACCGACGGGACUGGUUUGGGCGGUCGCGUGGGACGGAUCGGCAUUAGUCCGCUCGGGAGUCAAUAGGGAUACUAUUUAUGGGAAUGAGUGGAUUCGAGUGGAGGCGCCCAAUGAGUCCAAACUAAUGCAAGUGUCGGUCGGUGUCGACAGUGUUUGGGCCCUAACGAGAGAUGGAAAGGUCUGGUUUCGUAAAGGCAUUCGUGGACUCAAUUCGGGUCAUAACGACAAUUGUGCGAUCGGUUCGGGUUGGGUUGAAAUGAUGCAAGAAAUGUCUCUAUUGUCGGUCACCUCUAAUGAUCAGGUUUGGGCGUUAAGUCCCGAUAAGAAGAGUCUUUAUUUCCGAACCGGUAUUUCAUUCGGAGAAUUGACGGGAAAGGCGUGGAAACUGAUGGCUCGACAACCGAUCAAUGUUUGCAAUCAAAGAAAUGCCAUUAAAGCCGUUGAACAACAAUUGGACUCAAUUAGCAUAUCAUCGCAAGACUCGCUAUUUUCAUCAAAUAUCGCGGAUUCCGAAACUCAGGCCUGGAUUUGGAUCUCAGCCGCGAGUUGUGCUCUCAAUACCGACGCAUACCUUCAGAUUUCUUGCCCAUCGCAAGAGUCGCAAACAUCACUCGAUGUCUUAACUCUUAGGGAACAAAGUAUUUCUUCAGACGAGUGCGACUGGAAGUCAACGAUCAUAACGCAACUCAACAGA